AUGUCUACCCGUCAACGAAGACCAUCAACUACAUCAACCACAGAACUUCUUUCCGAAACUGCUAAAAAUAUCGAAAGAAAAGUCGAACGAGCCCUUACGGUACUUUGGGAUGAUCUUCCUUCCUGGCAACAAGACAAUCAUUACAUCAAAUCUGGUUACCGCCCCGCAACAUCUUCUUUCCGCAAGUCAUUCGCAUCUCUUGUUUACAUCCACAAUGAAUCAGUCAAUAUCUAUUCACACUUAAUUGGAGCUGUAGUAUUUACACUUUCAGGUUAUUUCUUAUAUGCGACCAUUAGACCUAGGUAUGCAUCUGCAGAGACAGCGGAUGUUCUAGCAUUCAGUUGCUUUUUUGCAGGAGCUGCAUUAUGUCUUGGGAUGUCAGGGACUUAUCAUACCAUUUCUAAUCAUUCUCCAACUGUUGCUAGGUUUGGCAAUAAGUUGGAUUACUUGGGAAUUGUUUUUCUUAUCACCGGAAGUGUCAUUCCCGGGAUCUUUUAUGGUUUGUACUGUCAUCCACAUUUGUUCGAAUUCUACUCCACAGUCACGGGUGUACUCGGAGGGUUCUGUGCAGUUGUAGUCAUGCUUGAAAGGUUCAGAACUCCUACUUGGAGACCUUAUCGGGCGGGUAUCUUCGUGGCUCUAGCACUUUGCGGGGCUGUCAUUCCAAUACUGCAUGGGAUAGAAAUUAAUGGAUUCCAUGAAAUGCGCGAACGGUCCGGUUUGACAUGGUUACUAUUGGAAGGCUUUCUAUAUAUUCUUGGUGCUUCAUUAUACGCGGCUCGAUGGCCUGAAAGGACAUCGCCGGGCUCUUAUGAUAUUUGGGGAAGUUCUCAUCAAAUAUUUCAUAUGCUCGUUCUUGCAGCUGCUGCAUCCCAUUUGUAUGGCUUGGCAAUAGGCUUCGAUUAUCAUCACAAUGGUCUUGGCCUGAAAUGUUGA